CGGAAAAUCCAUAGAGAUAUUUACUUCUAAUUUCCAUAGGAAAAAACAUACGUGAUGAUGUUGUUAUCAGGUGUUGGGAGUUUUUUAUUAUUUACAUGUUUAGAUAUCCAGAUUUCGGCUGAAAAUGUAGAAGAACUUAGUGAAGAUUUCCUGACUCCCUAUACAAAACAGCAUGGUUCCCAUUUGAAUCACAGACAGAUUCGAGAAUGCCAACCUGCACAUUAUAAUGGCAUUCCACAUGAAGUUAUUCCAUCAAACACUUCAGCAGUUCUGGAACCUUUGAUCAAGAGAUUUAUCAGAAAAGUAGGGAAUAGAUAUGUCAAAGGACAUUAUAGCAUUGUAUCGGAUCCUUUACGGACUAUUUCUAUUCUUGAACCCAAACAGGUUGGGGGUUGUGAACUGAAGAUUAGAGAGACUGUUGCUAAUUCUGCAACACAGAGAAACUGCCUAUUGGCAAUAAAUGCUGGAUUCUUCAACACACAUACUGGAGCUUGCUUAGGGAAUUUGGUCAGUGAUGGAAGAAAAGUUCAUGAUUCUGGUGGGCUCCAAAACACUCAUUUUGGUAUAACAAAAAAUGGCUCUAUCUUCACAGGAUACCUUGCAGAAGAAGAAAUUCAAAAUGGGCCAGGGGACUUCCAGCAACUAGUAACUGGAGUAGGAUGGAUAUUGAGAAAUGGACAGUCAUUUGUAAAUUUUAGCAAAUAUCUAGAGUGUGAAGACACAGAAGAAACUGGAACUGUGGAAAAGUUUGUCAAUGUCAUAUCAGCACGUACUGUAGUAGGACAUGACAAAGAAGGAAGAGUUGUUAUUGUCCAAAUUGAUGGAAAAACUUUUUAUGAUGGGUAAUGUGUUAUAUCUCAACAUUCAAUAAAUUUUGUUGUAGUUAGAAGCUCACAGUGGUUGUUUUAUGCUUAUUACCUAGGUUAUGUUUUUACCCGUGUGUUUGUGUGGGGUUGUUGACAAGAUU